AUGGAAGAAUCGAUCACAAACGUCGAGAUUUCUUGGUGUCUGCACACUUUACCCUCCGAGACUGAUUGUCUCUCAUUGGAUUUAUUGGUUCCUGCAAAAGGAGGGGAUAGGCGCAACACCAUCGAUGUUAAGCUUCCCAGGUUCAACUUGUGCAACUUGCAGACGCAGGGAGGAGAAUCUCAAUGGCUUCGGUGUCUACAUGACGUGGUCACUGACCAUACUAGCCCCGUUCUUGUGAAGCUUAUCCUAUCCACAUCACAUGGCUUCGUUCGCCAGUCAGACUUCCUCAAGAGGCGACUGGUUGACUGUCACCGUGUGGGCAGGGUAGAGUCCUUCCUGGUCCCUGCACAGGAGGUCCACCCGGUGCCUGAGAACUACAAGGACAUUACUUCCCUAGCUUCUCUAGCAAUGGGUGCAGUGGUGGUUCCUUGCGCUCCCACGCAGUCCAUCCAAGCAAUCUCUCAACAGAUCGAUGAAGAACUAGCCAAGCGUCUUUCCUUCCCGUGGAGAAGCCCCGUUCCGAUUCCCAGGAAACGCCUCGCGCUCGUGGGAAGUCGGAAACUCUCCGCUCUCGAAGGCUAUACCAGCGCCGCAGCAUCGUUGAACAUCAGCAUUGUCGUCCUUGAUUUCGCUGGAAACUGGAUCGAGAGCCCCAAAUGGUCGCAUCUCCGAGAGGAUUUUAUACCAUUUGACAUGACGGCCGACCAAGGGCUGCCCCGGCGCAUUGUCGACGCGAUCCAGGCCUACCCCAAGCCCAUCGACGGCAUCAUGACCAUCGAGGAACAUCUCCUCAGUGUGCUUCCCACAGCGGCUGUCAUGCUGGGUCUCCAUACAUCUCCGCCCGACUCGUGCGUGCUGGCCCAGAACAAAUACCGCACCCGGAUGCUGGACCAAGGCAAUCUCAUGUGUCAUAGCCUGAAGAGCCCAUCAGACCUGGAACAAAUAUUGAGCAUAGAUUCCCCACGGCUUGUGUACCCUCUCAUUGUGAAGCCAAGUCGCGGCUGGUCCUCGGAGGGAGUGUGGAAAGUCCAGAGCGAGGAUGAGCUGCGCGAAGCCACCAGCAGGCUGUGGAAAGACUCAUUCACAGCGUGGCAUGGACACGAAGUUGUGAUCGAACCGUAUAUCGAGGGACCUGAAAUCGAUGCCAACAUGGUUCUGCUUGAUGGCGAGAUUCUCUUCUUCGAGGUGAACGAUGACUUCCCCAGUCCCGGUGACUUGGAGGGCGCACCCAGCUUUGCCAAUUUCGUCGAGAGCUCCAACAUGAUCCCAUCCUGUCUGCCAGCAACCGAGCUGCAGAUCCUCGAGAGGUCUCUUUACAACUACGUGAGACUGGCAGGCUUUAGCACCGGAAUCUACCACAUCGAAGCUCGUCUGCGCCACUCCAGCUGCUAUUUCGCAGAGACCAAGGAUGGCCUGGUCGAUCUCGUGGCCAGGUCUGACCCGGUGUCCGACACUAGCGUCUUCCUCCUCGAAAUCAAUCCCCGACCUCCGGGCAUGCAGGAAAUUAAUGCCAGUGCCCGGGCUUACGGUGUUGACUACUACAGCCUUAGCGUUCUGAACGCGCUUGUGGACCCAGACCGGUUCCGCGCACUGUCGGUUCCAUUUACCGGUGGCGCGCAAUAUCACUCGCAGAUAAUCUUCAUCCCCGCCGAGGUCGGCGGUAUUUACACUGCGGGAGAUGUUUGCGGUGAGGCAUUGCGGCAGUGUCCUGAACUCAAGGACAACGUUUCCGAAAGUAUGUGUUUCCUGCAGAAUGGGCAGGAGAUUCCAGAUCCCAAGUCAGGGUCCAUGACCUGGGUGGCAUUCUUCAUUGUUUACUCUCGGGUCAGUCGGGAGGACUGUCUUCGUGUGGGGCAGAAGCUACGCAGGACAGUGACACGGUAUAUGGAGGAGUGGGCGGCUAGACAAGAUUCUUGA